AUAGCAGUGGUAAGAGUUGUUACCUCUCUCAUCAAACUCUUCAUCGGAAUAACGACUCCAUGGCGACAGUUCAUCUCCUUCGACCAUGCUUCCUUCCCUCAAUCAAACUCAAACCCUCCACCUUAACACUCCCCAGACCCACAACCUACUCACCCCUCAAACCCAAGCCAAAAAACGCCGUCGUAUCGGCACGCAUGUCCAACAACAGUACCUCUACCCCAGCCACGGAGCGUUUAAUCUCAAUCGCAGCCUACACACUCCCAUUCUUCAACUCACUCCAAUACGGUCGCUUCCUUCUCUCCCAAUACCCAAAACUAGCACUUCUCUUCGACCCUAUCAUUCCCUUCCUCGCAUUCUACAGGUCUAUCCCUUACUCCUCCUUCGUUGCAUUCUUCGCCCUCUACUUGGGAAUCGUCAGAAACCCUAAUUUCCCCCAAUACGUGAGGUUCAACGCUAUGCAAGCCGUUACACUCGACGUUCUCCUCGUCGUUCCGCUCCUCCUCCAGCGGAUCUUCUCUCCGGGUCGGGCCGGCAUGGGCUUUCGGAUAAUGCUUUGGUCUCACAAUGCUCUCUUCGUCUUCAGCAUUAUCUGCUUCCUCUACGCCCUUUCUUCUUGCGUCUUGGGUCGCACCCCUUACUUGCCCUUUGUUGCCGACGCUGCUUCUAGGCAAAUCUGAUUUACAAAGCCUACUGCAAUUCAAUUUUUCUUGUAGCUUUCGCUUCAACUUUUGGUGUAUUGGCGUGGUUGUAUCAUAUUUUUGCGAUUAUAAUCCUAAUGGCAAAUAUUAUCCCCUUUUUUUUCGUUAAGACAAAUCAUUUC